AUGGCCACCCUUACAGGCCCAAACAACAUCUUCGUCCUAGCCGCAGACAACCCAGCUCAAGUUAUGCGACUCCUCGAAGCAGAUCCAUCUGUUGCGUCAGCCCAAGAUGAGCACGGCUACUCCCUCGUACACGCAGCAGCAUCAUACGGCCAUCGCGAUCUCCUAAGAGCUCUCAUCAAUACAUACAACGUCAGUGUCAACUUGAAGGACGAGGAUGGAGAGACGGCACUGUUUGGCGUAGAGACUGUGGAUACUGCGAAGGUGCUGGUCGAAGAGCUGAACGCGGAUAUCAAAGUUGUUGGAGCAGAUGGUCAGAACGCAAGGGAGAGAAUCGCGGAGGACAAUGAAUAUCCUGAGGUCGCGGUAUACCUACGAGUAAAGGAGCUUGAAGGUCAAACCAACGGCACAGAUGGUUCUGCAGGUACUACCAUCACUGGCUCAGAACCACCUCCACCCCUGCCAGAAGGAAUGUCAGUAGACUUUGGCACCAUGGCGCCCGAAGAUGCUGGAGAGGUCGUGGACCCGGAGUUCAGACGCAGAAUCGAAGAAUUGGCGGCAGAUCCGAACUUCGAAGGAGAACAAGGACAAGAAGCGCUACGAAAUCUUAUUUCAGAGGCAUUGAGGGGUGAUCUGGGAGCAGAGAGGGACGUACGCCAACGUACAAGCUGA